AUGAUAAAGAGGGAAGCUCGCAACAAACCAGCAGAUGGCAGCGGUCACAUCGCUCAGAAGCAAGCUGGUCAAAGAACUCCGACACACGGACCUAAGAAUACAGGCCCUAAGACGCCGUGCAAGCCUGGUCAGAAACCAGCAGUGGCACAAAAGGGACAGCCUAUUAAGCAAGCCCCAGCUAAGGUAGCCGCAGCUGCUGUAACGAAAAAUACCAAGAAAACCAAGAAGGGGAAGCAUCAUCAACACGACCUAAUAGUGACGAUAAAUUUGGUAAGAUAUUGA